AAUUUUGAUUGACAAGCUGGCUCGACACUUUGCUUCAAAAAUUCUGUAAGAAAAGCAGUUAUUUUCAGGAAAAAAAUCAAAAUGAGUUUUAAGGAAAAAUUGACUGGUUUAUGGUGCAGGCACAAGCCCACGGAAAAUCAAAAGGCAUUGGCAUUGGCCUUUAUCCCAUCAGCUGCCACCUUUGGACUGGCUGCAGCUUUGGCCGUUGUUUACUUUACCGAUUGGAAAGUAAUUGCCGGAUGGAUUCCCCUCUAUAAUACCAAAUUUCCCAAAGAAGAACCCAAGAAGAAGAAGAAAAAGAAGAGCAAUGAUGAAUGAACUUUUUAUUUUUGGUCUCCAUGCUUCAACAAAAUCAGACACUUAAAGAUCGUGCCUUCUGUGGAAUAUUGUUCAAAUAAACGAUUUUACUGGCUUUCAA